UUAGUUAUUUAUAUUUCAUUUCGUAAAAGGUUAAGGAACGGACGAAAAUGGCAUAUCAAACAACAAAGAGUGGAACGUGUUAUCCCUCAGAAGAACAAGAAAGCCAGAAUUUUGUUUGCUAUCCGAACUGGAAGGGGAUAUAUAGUGAUAUUGGUACUCCUGCCAGUGCUCUUCAAGCGCCAUUAAAUUAUCACGUUGUUCUUACAACAGAACCUGAUGCAGAUGGAGGCGUGCAGACGUUUGUUUACAAAGUUCCAGAAACCUGGAUGGACGUCAACCUUGCAUACUUUUUAUAUCCCUCGCCUGGAUUUAAUGUAAACGGUGUAAAACCAUGGAAUUGGGGAGACAUAAGUUUUAAAAAAAGGCGUUUUCCUGAAACUUCCUAUGUGGAAUACGACGUAGUCGAUUUGUUAACGGAAACCGGCCCAGUGCCAAAUUUCGACGCCAUAAGACAGAUGGAAGGCGCUCAAGUCCAAGUAGAACAAGACGAGAUAUCUAAUACGAGACGACGGAUAUCGACGAGACUAGAAGACGAGAUAUCUAACUCAAGACGGUUAUCAAAUAAACGAACAUCUUCCGAAGAAAAAAAUUAUGAAAACCAUCCUGGCAUUUCACAGCUAGUAAAUUUGUCAGGUGACGAAGAAUCGGAAUGGGAAGGUCAAGCUGAAUCGCAUCCAAAGGCAGGAUCAUCGAAGGUAGCGAAGCGAAUUUGUGGCCCUGCUGAAUUAGGUAACAAAAGUGUUCCAGAUUCUCCUAAUUCUACCCCCGAGGAGGAUUAUGAUCAUCAAUUGUCACCUAUUAAGUUAUCAAUGAAGGAAGCCUCUGCAACAGAGGAAAAUGGAGAAGCAGAAUCUCGUUAUCAACAAAAAGUCCUACAGGCUUUACGUUCAAUUUUGGAUGUACUGAAAUCUAUGCGAAAUGAAAAGGCAUCGUGCGAAACUGUGAUGAAGGAUAACAUGGAACACUUCAAAAAAGUAGUAAAGUCACAGCUUUCCUUGCCAAUCCUAGUUCCAGAGGAAGUAGCUGUUCUCAACGCUGCUCUAUGUGACAUGGAGCUUUCCAUCUCUCUGUGUGCUGUUCAGAUUCAUAAUCUGAGAACAUUGGGGUCGAAAAACCAAAUCGCCAAAGCAGUCUUACUAGCGAUUUUUAGCAGAUCUCUUUGCUCUAAGAUCCAAUGGAAGAAACGAGGAAAAGAUUUAAGAUUUGCAUUUGGCCACUUGAUAAAUUUGAAUGCAGUUUUUGGAGUUGUCAUUAAUAGCGUACUGGCAAUUCACAAGGGACCCUCCCUGCCUAUGUCAACGAUGACCGAAGUUAUUCAAAAAGCUCGGAGAUUUAUUGGGUACGAAUACAGCCAGUCCAUAACUAAGUCCGCGUGUGCAGCGGCAACUGAAAACCAAGUUGAUGACGAUGAUGCAGCAAUAACUAAAGCUGACAAGGAAACGAUCAUGGCUAUCGACCAACGGAUGGUGCAGUUGAAUAAAGCUCUUAUUGAGUACGAUGCGCAACACGAGCAGCCCCCCAAAAAACGUAACUCUGUGUAAUUUCUUUUCUGUAAAAUUCCACAUUAUCAUGUGAUUCUUUCGUAAGAGAAGAAAAUUUUGUGAGAAAAAAAUAAAAGAGAUCAAUUGUUCAA